AUGUCUCAAUCCUUGCGACCCUACCUCCAGGCCGUCCGGAGCAGUCUGACGGCCGCCCUCACGCUCUCCAACUUCGCUUCCCAAACCGCCGAACGUCACAAUGUUCCCGAGAUUGAGGCUCAAACCUCCCCCGAGGUCCUCCUGACCCCCCUCACCAUCGCCCGUAACGAGAACGAACGCGUUCUGAUCGAGCCGAGCAUCAACUCCGUGCGGAUAUCCAUCAAGAUUAAGCAGGCCGACGAGAUUGAGCACAUUCUAGUCCACAAGUUCACCCGGUUCUUGACACAGAGAGCCGAGUCUUUCUUCAUUCUCAGGAGGAAGCCCAUCAAGGGAUACGACAUUUCUUUCCUCAUUACGAACUUCCAUACCGAGGAGAUGUUGAAGCACAAGCUGGUCGACUUCAUCAUUCAAUUUAUGGAGGAGGUUGAUAAGGAGAUUUCGGAGAUGAAGCUCUUCGUACGUGCUACCGACGAAUUCAGGGCCACUCCGCAGGAGGACUUCAUUGCUAACAAUCCCCAGCUCAACGCAAGAGCGAGAUUUGUUGCCGAAUCAUUCCUAACUCCCUUCGAUUAA